UUGUGGCUAAUGUACGCCUGGCGGUAGUUGCAAUGAGGUGUGUUUUCGCCUCCCACGCGGUGUUUGCUGUAAGAGCUCAUCGAAUCUUUCCAUUACAAUCAAGUUUCGUGUGAACACUGACAUCAAACUGCAGACUAAGAGCUGCGUGAUGGCCACGUUCGCGAUCAACUCCUUACUGAACUACAAAACAGAAAAAUACAUUGAUACAAAAAACAAGGCAGUCGGAGUUUUGCACAGACUUUUUCAGUUAUCUGUCAUUGGUUACAUAAUAGGGUGGGUUUUCAUAGUCAAGCAAGGCUACCAGGAGAUAGAUGAUGCCAUCCAGAGUUCUGUCAUAACUAAAGUGAAGGGAACUGCGGUGACCAACACCAGUGAAUCUGGUCUGCUUGUGUGGGGACCUGAGGAGUAUGUCAUCCCCCCACAGGGUGAAGAUGUUCUGUUUGUUGUAACCAGCUUCUUAGAGACACCAAACCAGAAGAUGGGUUACUGUGCUGAGAGCUACAAAGUGGCUAAUGCUCGCUGCAGUGUUAACAAGGACUGUAAAAAGGGAAAGAUGGUGGAGUCUGGUCAUGGAGUCAUGAGCGGCAAAUGCAUAAGAAAUAAUGAAAACUCCAAUGGGACCUGUGAAAUCUUUGGCUGGUGUCCUACUGAAAAAGACAUCAAACCACAAAAGCCUUUGCUCAAAAAUGCUGAAAACUUCACCAUCUACGUCAAGAAUUUCAUCCAGUUUCCUAAAUUCUCAUUUUCAAAGUCCAACAUCCUUGAAACAACUGAUCAAUCCUACUUGAAGAAAUGCAGAUAUGAUAAGAAACAAUACCCCUACUGCCCCAUCUUUCGCCUGGGAGACAUUACGAGAAGAGCUGGAUGCAACUUCCAGGACAUGGCCACACUUGGUGGUGCUAUUGGCAUUGUGAUACAGUGGGACUGUGACCUUGACAAAGGUACCUCUCACUGUAAUCCAGAGUACCAGUUCACUCGCCUGGAUGCCACUGUCUCCAACAAGAGCAUCGCAGCAGGAUUUAACUUCAGACAUGCAAGAUACUUUAAAAAUGCUGCUGGUGAAAGCUAUCGAUCUCUAUGCAAAGUUUAUGGCAUACGAUUUCAUAUCCUGGUACAUGGGAAGGCUGGAAAGUUUGCCAUUGUCCCCUUGGUCAUCAAUAUUGGUUCAGGACUGGCUGUGAUGGGAGCUGGAACCUUCUUCUGCGACAUUGUCCUCCUCUAUUUAACUACGGGGAGGAAGUCUUACAAAGACAAGAAGUUUGAAGUCUUAAAUCAGGAAAAAGUGAAGAAAGGUGAAAACAUCCAGGAAACGUGCAGUAAUGGGCUGUCAGAGGGGUCUCUGAUCUGCAGAAACUGUGCCACGAAAGAUAUGAAGGACAAAGUGGAAAAGGACAAUCAAAAUAGUGUAACAUGUCAACUAUUAAGUGUACGUAGGUCAUGUCCUAACCUCAUUUCACAAGUUUAACCAUAAAAUAUUUUAGCAUCAUUAUGAAGAACAUAAACCAAGUUUACUGAACUUUUAUCUCUUUACUUUCAUGGCUGUGACUUUUUUUUUUCUUUUAACACUAUUCAGUUCACUUUAGAGUUAUUUAUAUAGCCCCAAUUCACAAUAACAGUCACCUCAAGGUUCUUUAUGCUACAAGGUCCUUACAGCACUAGAAAACCCCACGUGUAAAGGAAGACUCUCUUUUAACAGGAAAAAGGUUUCUGGCAGGGCCAGGUUUGGGUAUAGGGCUGCCAUCUGCAGUGGCCUGUUGGGGGUGAGAGGAAAGAGAAAAGAAGAAAAAGACAGCAUAGGACAAAAGGGACAAACACGCACAGGGAAAGAGAAGGCGAAAAUGUAAUUAUAUGCUGCAGUGAUAUGUAAACACUUGGGGAGUUAAGGAACGUGAGUAGUGAAGGAGUUUCACAGCAAUCUGAGCCUACUGCAAGAUAGCUGAGUCAUGGUUCUUAAUAUGGUACUUUGAGGCCUU